AUACAGCCCUAAAUUCCCUCUGUUCCAUUUCUUCCCCCCUCUAUUCCACCGGUUAAAACCACAAUUACAAAACCUCUUUUCUUUUUCCCAACGGAGAGAUAAUUCAAACUUCGCUUCUGGAAAGUUCGGAGUUCCACCGUCGCGCCGCCUCUCUCGUUUUCCGUUUGUAGUGGGUGCCCUUUUGGUAUUAUGGGAGACAACGAGGCCAUGAUGGUAGAAACAUGUGCUGUCGAUACAAAUGCUGCCGCUGCUUCUGAUGGGGGUCAUUCAAUUGCUCCAGCUGACGCUCCUGCUCCUACAUCUGUAUCUGAUGCAGGAGAGAUGGUUUCUUCAGCUAGCAGUAUACAGUCUGCCGAUUCAUUGACCCUGCCCUCCAACGUAGAUUCUAGCAAUAUGAAUGCAACAUCAGUAGAUGUUACUCAGCAAGAAACCCCUGAUGUAAUGGCAUAUGAUUCUAAUGAAAAUUUUACUGGUAUUCCAAACUCUCUGGAUUCAACUCAAGUUGCUGGUUAUGAUUCUUCACUGAAUGUUAAUGGUGUUAGCGAAGCAGGAAAUGGAGCAACGGCCAGUACUACAGAAAAUGGGGUCGCUGACGGUAUUGGCACUGCUGCUUUGCAUCAGCCUCUCGAUAAUUCUGGACUUAGUGCAGAAGAGGAAAGAUUAUGGAGCAUAGUGAUGACUAAUUCUGUGGACUUUGAUGCCUGGACUGCCUUAAUUGAAGAAACAGAGAGAAUGUCAGAGGGCAACAUCUUGAAAAUUCGGAAAGUUUAUGAUGCCUUUUUAGCGGAAUUUCCUUUAUGCUAUGGUUACUGGAAAAAGUAUGCUGAUCAUGAGGCGCGUCUUAGCUCAAUGGACAAAGUUGCCGAGGUUUAUGAGCGAGCCAUUCAAGGAGUUACAUACUCUGUCGACAUGUGGCUUCAUUAUUGUGUUUUUGCUAUUAGCACAUACGGAGAUCCUGACACUAUCAGAAGGCUAUUUGAAAGAGCCUUAGCAUAUGUAGGGACUGAUUACUUAUGCUUUCCGCUCUGGGACAAGUACAUGGAGUAUGAAAUUUCACAGAAUGAUUGGCCCCGUAUUGCCACAAUUUACACAAGGGUAUUGGAAAUUCCAAAUCAGCAGCUGGAUCGUUAUUUUGAAGGAUUUAAGGAAUUGGUUGCUAGUAGGCCUCUAUCUGAAUUACGAACUGCUGAGGAAGUUGCUGCAAAUUCUGAAGCUGCAAGCCAAGAAAAUGAGGGAGAGCUUCCCCCUAAUUCUGCUGAACAAUCUUCUAAGGCUGUAAGUGCAAGUUUAAAAGAUGCGGAGGAGCUGGAGAAGUAUAUUGCAAUAAGAGAAGAGAUAUAUAGGAAAGCUAAAGACUCCGAUUCUAAGAUUAUUGGUUUCGAAACAGCCAUAAGGAGGCCCUACUUUCAUGUGCGACCCCUCAAUGUUGCAGAGCUUGAAAAUUGGCACAACUAUCUUGAUUUUAUUGAAGGUGGAGAUGACUUUAAUAAGGUUGUUAAGCUAUAUGAAAGAUGUCUGAUAGCAUGUGCUAGGUAUCCUGAAUACUGGAUACGGUAUGUUUUGUGUAUGGAAACUAGUGGUAGUAUGGAGGUCGCUGAAAAUGCACUUGCCCGUGCUACUCAAGUCUUUAUAAAGAGACAACCAGAGAUCCAUCUUUUUGCUGCUCGAUUUAAGGAGCAGCAUGGUGAUGUUCAUGGAGCUCGAGCUGCGUAUCAACUCGUGCACACUGGAAUUUCACCUGGCCUUCUAGAAGCUAUCAUCAAGCAUGCAAACAUGGAACACCGACUUGGAAACUUGGAAGAUGCUUAUUCUUUAUAUGAGCAGGCAAUUGCGAUUGAGAAAGGAAAGGAGCAGUCACAGGCUCUGCCUUUGUUGUUUGCCCAGUACUCACGUUUUGUAUUUUUGGUUUCUGGCAAUGUUGACAAGGCAAGGGAGAUUCUGGUUCAAGGUGUGGAGAGUGCCCAAUUGUCAAAACCCCUUUUGGAGGCGAUGAUCCACUUAGAGUCGAUUCAGUCACAUCCGAAGCAAAUAGAAUAUUUAGAUUCAUUGGUUGAUAAAUUCACAGUUCCGAAUGCAGACAACCCUAGUGUUGCAAGUAUUGACGAAAGAGAGGAGCUAUCCAGCAUUUUCUUGGAGUUCCUGGAUCUCUUUGGAGAUGUUCAGUCUAUUAAGAAGGCUGAUUAUCGACAUGCAAAAGUGUUCUUGAACCACAGAAGCGUAGCCGACUCAAAGAAGCGUCACGCUGAUGACUAUUUAGUUUCAGACAGGACCAAACUGGCAAAAUCACUUAUUUCAACAUCUGCUCCCUCGGUGAUGGGUGCAUAUCCAAGUACACAAAAUCAGUGGGCAGCAGGUUACGGCGUACAACCUCAAGCAUGGCCUCAGGCCUCACAAACUCAGCCACAACAAUGGAACCCUGGCUACGCGCAACAGGCGGCAUAUGGUAGUUACGGAACGAGUUACACUCAUCCACAAGCACCUACAUCCGUGCCUCAAAGUGCUUCGUAUGGAACUUACCCUCCAACUUAUCCUGCCCAGCAGGCUUACGCACAGCCAGCCGUAGCUGCAGCUUUGACUCCAGGCCAACAACCUACUGCUGCUGCACCUGCAUAUUACCCGAGUUAUUACUGAGGAAUGACGACUAAUUCCAAUGAGCUUUUUUGCUGUGUAAUCUUGCUCUGUAGAUCGGCUGUCAGAUGCGGACCAGUACCAUGAUGUUUUAUGUGCAUCGAUGUUGUCUGUAGACAGUUAUUGUAUUUUUAGUGAUCUAGUUUACAUUUUUACGACCCCUUUGUAAUAUUUUUUUCCUGACUCCCUUUCGGUUUUGUUAAUUACGUUUUAUCUUUAUGAUGCAUUUUAUGGAUAGAUAACUUGGAGAAGAUGUUUGGAUAUGCUCCUGUAGUUUGCCUACUUCAUGUAGGAAAACAGAGUAGAAAAUAUCAUUCAGAUAGAUCUUAUUUGUCUUGUCGUUUAUUAAUUGCUAUGUUUCGA